UUUUUGCCCUCAUAGGUCUGGUGGCUUCUGUACCUACCGAGGUGAUGCAUAUUCCCGCAGACAUACAGGAACAGAGGUUGGAUACCAUGAAGGCCGAUGGGGUUGUUGAACGUGAUGUAAGCUCUAUUGUGGAGCGUGAUACCACUGGCAUGCGAUCGGUUGCCUAUUUUGUCAACUGGGGAAUCUACGGCCGCAACUUCCAACCAGCCGAUCUUGAUGCGUCCAAGUUUUCCCAUAUCUUAUACGCUUUCGCCAAUGUUCGCCCGGAGACUGGUGAGGUCUACCUGUCCGACACAUACGCUGAUCUCGAGAAGCACUAUCCAACAGAUUCCUGGAAUGAUGUCGGAGCUAAUGUCUACGGCUGCAUCAAGCAGUUCCAACUUAUCAAGAAAGCAAACCGUAAACUUAAAUUGAUCAUGUCUAUUGGUGGUUGGACAUACUCCACCAAUUUCCCCAAAGCCGCUUCUACUGCAGAGGGGAGACAGAAGUUUGCCGACUCUGGUGUCCAGCUUGUCAAAGAUCUUGGUCUCGAUGGUCUCGACAUCGACUGGGAGUACCCUGCCGAUGAGACAGAAGCAAACAAUAUGGUCUCUCUGCUGAAAGCUGUUCGCAGCGCUAUGGAUGCUUACACCUCGCAAUACGGUGGUAACCGCCUCCUUCUCACCGUUGCUUCUCCAGCAGGCCCCAGUCACUACAAUGUCAUGAAGCUCAAGGCUAUGGAUCAGUAUCUUGACUUCUGGAACUUGAUGGCCUACGACUACUCUGGUUCCUGGGACUCCAUUGCGGGCCACGAUGCCAACGUCUUCCCAUCAUCAAGCGACCCCGGCAGCACCCCAUUCAGCACCAGCAAGGCCAUCAACGACUACAAAGCGGCUGGCAUCGCUGCCAAUAAGAUCGUCAUGGGUCUUCCGAUCUAUGGCCGUUCAUUCCAGAGCACCGAUGGUCCAGGCAAGUCGUUCUCUGGCACUGGUCAGGGUUCUUGGGAGAAUGGUGUGUGGGACUACUCCGACCUCCCCAAAGCCGGCGCAGAGGUCUUCAACGACGACAACAUAAUGGCCUCCUGGUCAUACGACGCCGGCAAGAAGGAGUUCAUAUCCUACGAUACCCCUCACAUCAUCCAAAAGAAAGCCGACUGGAUCAAGUCUCAAGGUCUUGGCGGCGGAAUGUUCUGGGAAGCCUCAUCUGAUAAGACCGGCAGCGACUCUCUAGUAAACACCAUGGUCAACACCUUCGGUGGCACUGGCUCCCUAGAUCAAAGCGAGAACACGCUCAAAUACCCUGCAUCUAAGUACGACAACAUGAGAGGGGGUUUCUAAGCGUUCCUUGACCUAGUCUGACAUCUUAGUGUGCGUGCACCUACAACAUCAGCGGUUGAGAAUUUGAGUGACAGAACUUAGCGGGCGUAGCGGGAACGCAACAAUGCGAGCAAGGCGUUAUGAGUUAUUUUUUCUUUGUAUUUCCUUAGUUUGCACUUCUCCGUUCGUUUCUUGGACAUACUUCUCGUUGGUGGCUUGGUGUGUUUGGACGGAGUAUAUAUGGUCUUGUGCGGUGCACAUGAAGGGUGGGUUGGAGUCAGUUUGCAUGGUCUGCAUGUCGUCUUGUACAUACUGGCCUGUCCAGAUCUUUUUGAUAGUUACAUGAG